AUGUCCGUAGAAGCUAACCAACGCCAGUUGCCGACCGAAAAUCCCAGCGCUAUCCUAAAUGCCACCGACAAAGUUGUCCCUCCAGAAACACGAAUCCUUCUCAGCCUUGGUCCGAAAUUUGCACUGCCAUACAGCGACUCUACACAGAUACCGUGGUUCCACCUGAUAGCUGAUGUGGAGAACACCCUAUCAGCUCACACCGAGUCGACGAUCCGAGACCAGACGAGAUGCCAGAUUAUCAACAAGAUCCAAAACUUCAUCAACCGUAACACUCCAUUCAACGAUCCACUGUCAAAGUUCUGUAAAUCGGCCGUCAACAUCACCAAGAAGUUUAUCAAAACAAACCCAGAUGUUUUGAUCACCGAAGCAGACAAGGGCAAUCGUACCGUCAUAAUGAGCUUGGCAGACUACGACAGUAAGCUCGCUCAGCUGAUCGGAGACACCAACACGUACAAGCAGGUGAGCUCUGAUCCGACGGGUGGAUACGAACGGAAAAACAACAACAUCGUACACAGACUACACGCACUAAAACUAAUAGACACCCGAACAAAAUACACACUCACUAGCUACAACGCCGUGUGCCCUCGAAUAUACGGACAACCCAAAGCACACAAGCCCAAUUUACCUCUCAGGCCAGUGGUCCCCAACACAACGUCUCCAACGUACCAUCUUUGCAAAUACAUUGCCGGUAUACUCCAGAGAUCGUUCAAAAGCCAGUACAACGCGGUUGACUCAAACACGUUUUGCGAACAUGUCAAUCAACUAACGAUACCACCCGAUCAUGUGCUAGUGUCAUUCGAUGCGGUGUCACUGUUUACAAACGUGACGAAAGAGGUGGUUAUCCACGACAUAAUUUCCAUGUGGGAUGAAAUACGAGAGAACACCAAUAUAAAUUUGGAUCUUUUUCUCGAAAUUGUUGAUUUCUGCGUAGGAGCCAGUUGCUUUUGUUUCCGGCAAAAAUUCUAUGUCCAAAUAUCAGGCACAGCUAUGGGAAGUCCACUCUCUCCCAUUCUUGCCGACAUAGUAAUGGAGAAUUUGUUGAGAAGAGCAAUAACAGCGGCCAAUAUUCUACCAGAGUAUAUCCGCAAAUACGUUGACGACCUAUUCUUGGUUUUACACAAGGAUCAGGUGAAUGCGGUGUUGGCAACCUUCAACUCACAAAACCCGAGAAUUUUGUUCACGUGUGAAGUUGAAGAAAAUGGGCGACUACCAUUUCUCGAUCUGCUAGUAAUACGGGACGAGGAUGGUAGCGUUAAAACCGAUUGGUACGCCAAACCAAUAUCAUCCGGCAGGAUUCUCAACUACUACUCCUUCCAUCCGAGCGAUCAAAAACUGGCGGUAGUCAACAAUUUCAUCGACAGGGUCCGUAGGUUGAGCACCACUCGCAGCAGGGAAGAGCAAGAGCUACUCAUUCACCAGCACCUCAGCAAAAACGAUUACCCUCAUUCUCUCAUCAACCGACUCCUUCAUCAACCACCUCGUACAGACAACCCGGAAAAACCAACAAUCUACCGAUCAAUCCCAUAUGUCCAUGGUCUCAGCUCUAGCAUCAAGAGAAUACUCCACAAGAGCAACACACAAAUAGGAAUCUCCCACAGCUACAAAAACACAGUAGGGCAUCUUUAUAAGAAUGCAAAGGACCCGGUAUCUGAUCUCAGCAAAUGCAACGUCAUAUACCGGAUCGACUGUCGGGAUUGUCCAAGCACAUAUAUUGGGAUGACAACAAAUAAGCUGAGGAAUCGAAUGUACGGACAUCAAACACACGUCAACACACUGGAGAGAAAGUUAUUGGAAGGCCAUCAAUACACAGAUCCGGAAAUACUACAGCUUCAAGAAAAAUCUGCGCUAAUCCACCACUGCAUCCAGCACCAACACCGAUUCAAUAUUGGCAACCCCUCCAUCGUCGAUAUAACACAUAGGAAACAAGCUCUGCAAGUGUUGGAGAUGUGUCACAUCUCGACAACCUCCAACACGGUCAACCAUCGGACUGAUACCGACAAUCUAAGCUGUGCGUACGCACAUCUCCUCGCUUCGAUCAAAGAUCAGAGAGUAGAGAGAAUUGCGUUGUCAACAAACCGAAAUAAUCGACGAGAAACAGAUGAUCAAACAGCUGACCCAACUACCUAACCCACACUAACAAAUCCUACCACCCAAAUUACACCAAAGAUACACACCCCACAGUAAAAUCCGAACGGCGAUUGAUAACAGCCGCAGUGUUGUGUUCCGCUGAUUUCUUGUCCCGAGUGUCUCCCUUUCGUACCACCCACCCAACAUCCCACUAGGGUGCUGGUGAUGAACGAGAAAAGUGCAGUGUCUUUUAGAAUCCGACAAACGAUCGUGUGCAAAAUACGAUUAUCACAAGUUGAUUAAGAUCGAGCCCUGAGGAAGAUCCCAACCCAAGGAUCGAAACGUUGGCAAUGAUAUAGAAGUAUCAACGCUUUUUCCGUGACUGAAAGCCGAAAAACUCCCAUAGUUA